AUUAUCGAGUCGAUCGAUCCGAAGUUCCACAACAGAACCAGCUGCUGUGACCGGAGCUGCAGGUGGGAUCAUGUUGAGAACAUUUUCCUCCAGGUUUCUGGUUAAAUUUCUCAACCACGGUCUCGUCGCUUCAAGCAAACCGCUUCGGGUGGGAAAUGAACGGAGUCCAACCAGAGGCUACUACACCGGGAGGACCAGGGACCCCGGACCGGGCAGGGUGGCACCAUUCCGGGUGGUGGACCUCCGCAGCGACACGGUGACGAAGCCCGGUCCGGCGAUGAGACGAGCCAUGGCGGAGGCUGAGGUCGGAGAUGAUGUGAUGGGAGAAGACCCGACAGUGAAUGAGUUACAGAAAAUCACAGCUGAUAUGUUUGGGAUGGAGGCUGCCCUGUUCGUGCCCUCUGGAACCAUGGGAAAUCUCAUCGCAGUGAUGGUGCACUGCAGGGAGCGAGGUGACGAGAUGAUUGUGGGCGAUCUGUGCCACAUCCACGUCUAUGAGCAGGGAAAUAGUGCACAGCUGGCUGGUGUCCACUCCACCACGGUGACCACCCUCCCUGAUGGGACGUUUAACUUGGACCAGCUGGAGUCAAAGAUCCGUCACGGUUAUCCAGACCCCCACUACCCUCGAUCACGCCUCAUAUGUUUGGAGAACACACACAAUAUUCAGGGAGGACGAGUGCUGCCUCUGUCCUUCCUGCAGGAGGUUCGUGCUUUAGCAGAUGAAUAUGGUCUGUCAGUUCACAUGGAUGGAGCCAGAGUGAUGAACGCUGCUGUGGCCCAAGAUGUUCCUCCAUCCACCAUCCUGCAGCACACACACACCGUCAGCGCAUGUCUCUCCAAGGGUUUAGGUGCUCCUGUGGGUAGCAUGCUGGCUGGACCUCAGGACUUUAUAUCUAAAGCGAUACGGUGCCGUAAAGCCCUGGGUGGAGCAACACGACAGGCUGGGAUACUAGCAGCAGCUGGAAAAGUGUCUUUACAGGACAUGGUGGGAAGACUGGUGGAGGAUCACCACAAUGCAAGAACCUUUGCUCAAGCUCUGCUCGACUGUCCGUCUCCUCUGUUCGCUGUGGACAUGGCUGCUGUGGAGACAAACAUCCUGCGUUUCCGUCUGCAGGAUCCCAGUUUGAGUCCCCAGGAGUUCUGUGGCCGCAUGGCUCAGGUUGGAGAGGGAGAGGAGGCUGCACUGGGGCAGGGGAUACAGGUUCUCAUGUAUCCUCAUUUUGAAAACUCCAUCAGGGCCGUGUGGCAUCUUGGGAUAUCACCUGAAGACACCCAGCUCGCCAUCCAGAAAAUGCAAUUUGUGGCCUCUCAGCACUUUAAAGAAAAAGUCAGAGCCCAAUGAACCUGAUACAUCCAAUGCAUCUAAUGAUUUGUAGAAUAAUCACGAGGACUGAUCUUGCAUUAUUUAAUUCCAUUUCAGGACUGAAUGUGUAAAAACUAUGCUUUUAUGCAGCUGUACCCUUUGUUAUCAAAUUUUAUUGAAUGAAGUUUUAUUUACACAGAGUGAUCUAGAUUACACUUAAUGUCAAACAUGAAGUAAACACAGCAGGAAGCACUUUGGAUGCUGACCUCUUUAUAUGAGUAUUAUUCAUUAAAUUCAAUAAACCAUCA